UUCUGUAAUCACACUAUUUUUGUUACGAAGUUUUUAGUUACUACCUUUAUAUUUGUUAAUUUAUUGGUGUUUAUUGUUAAUUUGUUAGUAAACGGUUUAGAUCUGGAUUAUACGUGCUGUAAUCUGAGUUUGCACUGGCAGAGCUGUAUUAUCGUUGAGCAUUAUUGUAGUUGAGUUAGUUAGCCUUUAGGUAUCGAGAAAAUGGCGUUCGUUUGUGUUGCUUUAUAAUCCUCGGGGACACAACCCAUCUGGUUCGAAGUUGGUUCAUUGUGUUAUGUCGUGGGGUUGGCUGGAUAAAUAUCGCGAACAUGACCACAGAAGCGGCCCAUGAAUCGCCCCGUCGGUGUCGCGCGGAAGCCAGUAGUAUACCUGAGCUACUCGGGAACAAAUUACCCGAGACCUCGACUAAAGAUCUGAUAACGUGUGUUUGGGGUCCCGGUGGUCCUGAUCGCGAAAAUCUGCAUCGAUGGUCACAAGGUUUCGCCUUUAGUACUGGAGAACCCACAGCUCUCAUUCAGCUGCACGGGGGACCCUGCGCAGUUAUAGCGCCCGUUCAAGCGUAUCUACUGAAAAAUGCUAUAUAUCCCGAAGUGCAUCUUGUGGAUGCUUCAUGGAGAACGAAAAACGCUCAACGCCUGUUGACGACUGCAUUUAUGGAAAUUUUCUCCAUACUGAAUGCUCCCAAUUACGCUUUAAUUCUUCCCGAGGAUCCCAUUCGUAUUCCAUCAAAGCGUGACGCGACGGCGAUGGAUGAAGUGGACCUCACGCACGAGGAGAAUACGGAUCCUCACAGCGAGCAUGGAAUCCAUUCUAAUUUGCGGACGUUACAUUUCGCUACACUUGAUGAUCUGAGACAGUAUCUGGAAGCAAAUCCUACAGUUUUUUGCAGUUCCUAUGGUGUCUUACGCUUCCUCUAUUCUGUAAUAAUUAGCAAAUCUAUUGAAGCAGUAAAACUGGAUCUGGAAGAUCCUAGUGAGCCGCUAAUUGAUGGCGCUCAUGGUCAUGGAAAUCAAAGCCUUAUCAAUUUGUUACUAACUGGAUCUGCGGUGGCCAACGUCUGGGAUAACGAAAAGGAAUUUGGACCUUUACGCUUGAAAGGCAUCCGCUUCCGGCCAGCCGUGGGAUUUCUUAGUUUGUUGGAGAACAUGCGUUACGUUGAGGUGGGAUUUUAUUACAAAUGUCCACAGUAUCCUAUUUGGAUACUGGGAAGCGAAACGCACCUGAGCAUCCUUUUCACUUUGAUUCCUUCUCUUGUUACUUCCGAAGCUGAAGAAGCGGCUGCUGUCCGUGUUUUUCGAGAGUACGAUCAACAUGGAAGUGGGUUCAUUAAUGUGGAUAAUCUCGGAGAUGUUCUGGGAUUACUGAACCUGUUCAAGGAAGAUGAUUAUGUUAAUUCUUUGAAACAAAAAUUGGACAAGGAGCAUUUGGGUAUAAUUUUAAGAUCGGAUUUCCUUGCGGAAUUCUUUCCUUCCACCGGAAAAUUUUAUAAUGGUCAACCGUUUGACGUCUAUCACUAUAAUGGGCUGGCUCGCAGUGAAUCUCCAAUACGCUAUCAUCACGGGCGGGCCAAGAUUUGCGAACUAGAUUUUGACCUGGAAAUCAUUAACUUGGGCGACACAGACGACACGAUCGACUCGGAUUCCGCCAUUGUUCGGUGCCUGCGAACCAAAUACCCGCGUGUGGAAAUAACUUGGGAUGAUAAUAAGAUUCCUUCCAUCAAUUAAACCACAAAAUGUCCAGAGUCAUAAUUACGGCUGGGUUGGUUAUAUGUCAGGAGCGUGUGUAUGCGUGUUAUUGACAGGCAUUGUGUACUGCAUGAGAUAUUUGACGUAAAAUAUGUAUCUGCAAAUCUGGUGAGUAUUCAAAGGAAGUUAAACGGUGCGCGAAAAUGUGGAAUAUUAUUUUUUAAUUAUGUUAAGGCAGACUUUUCUUUGUUGGAGAUCAGCGCACAGUGGUUUAAUAGGAGUUUUCUACGGAAUAUGCGUAUUUUUGUCUUCAUUUCGAUCUCUGUUCCAUCAUGGGGGUUUGUUAAUUGAUAAUGCGUGCAGAAGGUGCUUUGCAUAAAGCUUAGCGAGA